AUGGCUCGGAAGAAGGUGACCCUGCAGUGGAUCGCCAACGACUCGACCCGGCGCGCGACGUUCAAGAAGCGGCGCAAGGGCCUGAUGAAGAAGGCGAGCGAGCUGGCGACGCUGUGCGACGUGGACGCCUGCGUGGUGGUGUACGGCGAGGGCGAGUCGGCGCCGGAGGUGUGGCCGGACGUGGCCAAGGCGGCGCGGGUGCUGGCGCGCUUCAAGGCGAUGCCGGAGCUGGACCAGUGCAAGAAGAUGAUGGACAUGGAGGGCUUCCUUAGCCAGCUCAUCGACAAGCACCGGGAGCAGCUGCACAAGGCGCGGCGCGAGAACCGCGAGCGCGAGACCACCCUCCUCCUGCACGACGCCAUCGCCGGGCGCCGCCCGGGGGGCCUCGCGGGCCUCUCCGUCGAGGAGAUCGCCAGCCUCGGCUGGAUGGUGGAGAACCUCCUCCACAGGGUCAGGGACGCCAUCGAGCGCCUCCAGGGGAAGGGGCCGCCACAGGGGCAGGAGGCCCCGUCGUCGUCUGCGGUGACGGCGGCGCUGCAGCUGCAGCCGCCGCAGGUGGGCGGCCUCCCGCUGGUGCCUUACGGUGGCCACGGGGACGUGAUGAUGCAGGCGCCGCCGCCGCCGCACCCGCAGGCUGCCUGGCUGAUGGAGGUGGCCCGGGCCGGAGGCGACCUCGGCGCGCUGGUCUACAGCGGCUUCGGCGGCGGGCGAGCGAGAGUCAUGGCGGGGAGGUGGAGGCACGACAACCCGUUCGAGGAGGGCGACGGGGAUGUCAACCCCUUCUCGCAUCAACGCCCAACUCCGCUCCCUCCUGAACCAGCUGGUUUCUACAAUGACAUUGGUGCAUCCAUAGAUAUCCCACUUGAUAAAAAGGUAGACCUAAAGAAAAAGGAGAGAGAACUUAUGGCUAAAGAGGCCGAGCUAAACAGGAGAGAACAGGAAAUAAAAAGAAGGGAAGAAGCUCUUGCAAGAGCUGGGGUCUUAAUAGAGCCAAAAAACUGGCCACCAUUCUUCCCCAUCAUUCAUGUUGACAUUUCAAAUGAUAUACCUGUGCAUUUGCAGCGAGUACAGUAUGUUUCUUUUGCAUCACUUCUAGGGUUGGUCAUAUGCCUCUUCUGGAACAUUUUAUGUGUAUCUGGUGCUUGGAUUACAGGGCAUGAUCCUAGGAUCUGGUUUCUGGCAGUCAUAUACUUCAUUACUGGAUGCCCUGGUGCCUACUUUUUAUGGUACCGCCCUCUUUAUCGUGCAAUGAGCGGAAUUUUCCAAGCGAUCAGUGAAAUGGGCGAGAAUGCUGGUGUCGGGAUAAUGUACUUUAUGGGCUUCGCGAUGUUUGUGCUGGAGGUGCUGCUGAGCAUAUGGGUUUUCCAGAGGGUGUACUGGUUUUUCCGCGGAAAAGGCACGGAGGCGCAGAUGCGGUCUGAUGCCGCGUCUCGUGGGCCGCAGUUCUGACGCCCUCGCUCCAAGCUCUGAACCCGGUGGGGGGGGGGGGGGGGGGGAUAUGAAACCUGUGUGAAUUCAGUUUGCAUUGGUGUGGUGGAGUGGACACUGAUUUACAGUUGGUGAUGGCAGCAGAAGUUCCAGGGUGGUGACUUGUCGAUUGUUGCAGCAGCGCCAGGCGCACAGCCAUAGUGACAUUUCGCUUUUGUGUGAGGUUCCUUUCUUAUCUGAUGAUGAAACUGAAAUCCCUGAGGCGACAGAG